AUGGAACGGUUCAACAUCCUUCAGAGCUCAUUACUCGAGGUAGUCAGUUUAAAGGGUAGGCGUAUCCCCACUGACAUAGCAGUAACAACACAUGGUUAUCUUGUUUAUACUGAUCCCAAAGACAGAACUGUGAACAUUGUGAAAAAUAAAAAGAAAGAGAUUGUAAUCGAACUAGAGAAUUGGAAACCAUGCAAUAUCUGCAGAACCUCCUCUGAUGACCUCCUGGUUACUAUGGAUAGUACAGAAUAUAGUCAAUCAAAGGUUGUCCGUUACUCUGGAUCCACGGAAAAACAAACCAUUCAGUGUGAUGGUAAAGGUCGCCAACUCUAUGCAUCUGGUGAUAUUAAAUACAUAAGUGAGAACAAGAACCUGGAUAUCUGUGUGGCUGACAGUCGAGCUAAAGCAGUCGUGGUGGUCAAUCAAGUCGGAAAACUGAGAUUUAGGUAUUCUGGACAUACUGAUAUUUGCUCAUUCACCCCAAUCGGAAUCACCACAGACAGUCAGAGUCAUAUCCUUACAGCUGAUUUAAACAACCACUGUGUCCACAUUAUAGACCAGGAUGGACAGUUCCUCGGUUACAUAGAAUGUGGAAUGUGUUAUCCUUGGGGACUGUGUACAGAUACAAAUGACAAUUUAUUUGUUGCUCAGUGGAGAAACAGACAAGUGAAGAAAAUCAAAUAUCUACAGUGA